AUGAGGCGGCGGUGGGACAUUGGGCAGGAGAGGGAGAGGCGCGUGGCUUCCGCAGAGCUGCUGGUCGAGGGCGGACGGUCUCGAAUCGCUCUCCUGGACCCAACCGCGCUUCUGCCGGGCGAGCAGACUAAAAUCUGGGGACCAAGGACCAGAGCUGGACGCCAGGCGCAAGCUGAUUUCUGUAGGAUCGUCAAGGUCGCUGGGAUUCUGGCUGUUGGGGUUUUCUUAGACCGACGAGUCAUUCCGUGCUGGCCCCUGCAUCAAGGAGUCCUGGCGACUAGCGAGAGAGAGAGGCUGAAGGAGCGAAAUGCCAGGGCAGGGCCAAUAUUUCGGAACUCAGACACGGCGCGUGGGAUCUGCAGACCAGAUGUAAACUCAUGCCUGGUCGCCCCCGGUGCUCUCGACGGGUCGGCGUUGAAUCGAAAGCGAGCGGCGAUCAUACUCGAAUGCCUGAGCGCAUUUGGCUGGCCCAGGCUCGACGCGAUGUCCGAUCUGAGUAGGUCUCCGGCUUCCAGCGCCGUGCUCUCCUCGAUGUACGCCGUCAUGAUAUCGCGACAGGAGAAUUCACUUCCUGAUAACAUCUCCUCAACAGCUCACAAGCCUUACUCACGAGCGGGUCCUCGACUGGCGAUAGCUCUUGCAGGCUGCUACGCACGUCCGGCUCCACGAACGUUUAAUGUAUCAGGUCUACUGACUGCUUCUGAGGCCCAGCUGCGUUCCGCCUUACUCGCUGUACAUGCCUUGCAGCCUUGCCAGCCGUGA